AUGGAUACAAUAGGAGAAAGUGCAGACCGCAAAGUGACCUCCCUUCGGAGAGCCUCCGAAGCCGAUUUCAAGGAAUACGAAGGUUUAUUAACGCAUAUUACCAAUGGCACUGGUUGGCCGGUGGAUACUGAUAAGAUUUACGUAGCUCUGAAAACUGCCACGCUUCUGCGAAGGUUCUUCAUUACUAAAGAUGGCCGUUCUGGAAUUGGACCUGCUAGAAUGGAGGUGGGAGAUGAGGUAUACGCCUUAAAAUGGAGCUGUUGUCCACCUGUUUUAAGAUCAGUGGGCCAAAUUAGCAGAUACAAGCUAAUUGGGGAUUGCUUCUUGUUAGGAUUUAUGGACGGUGAGGCUAUGGUAGAAUUUGAUUCUCGGCCUAAAGUGGUCUAUAUCGAGUAG